AUGCUGGCAAAUCAUUUCCCGAACGGCAUCGAAACGGGGAGGCUUGCUUGGUCGCAGAUUCCUGAUUCUGAUGAAUCGCAGUUACUCGACGACACCGUUGGCAUCCUCAAGAAGAGCGACGGAGGCGGUGUUGAGAGCCUUGACUAUGAAGUCAUAGAGAAUUUUGCUUAUCGUGAGGAACAGGCGCAGAGAGGUACAGGACUUGCAGCUGUUUUCAUCAAUAUUGCUGUUGAAAAUUUUGCUGGCUGGAAGUUCUCGAUGACAUUUGAUAUAAUUCAGAAAUCAUAUAUUGCUGGAUUUUUUGUAUAUGUUCUGAUCAACUUGGCUUUGGUGUAUUCCUCUGUAUAUAUCAUCACUCAAUUUGCACCAGCCGCUGCUGGAUCUGGUAUUCCUGAAAUCAAGGGUUACUUAAAUGGAGUUGAUACUCACGGCAUUCUUCUUUUCAGAACUUUAAUUGGAAAGAUAUUUGGAAGCAUUGGUUCAGUGGGUGGAGGUCUUGCUUUGGGUAAAGAAGGUCCUCUUGUCCAUACUGGUGCUUGUAUUGCUUCCUUGCUUGGACAAGGCCAUUUAGCAGUGGCAAUUUUUGCAGCCAAAGUUGCAAAAAUUGUGGUUGGAGUGGCGAUUUUUGCAGCCAAAAUUGCAAAAAAUUGGCAAUCGGAGCUAGCAAAUCACACUGACUGUAGAUUUAUAGCUUCUGUUCCACUCAAGCUGUGCUUGCUGUUCCUAGGUGGAUCCACUAAGUAUCAUCUAAAUUCGAGGUGGUUUCAAGUAUUCAAAAGUGACCGGGAUCGCCGAGAUCUUGUAACCUGUGGAUGUGCAGCUGGCGUUGCGGCUGCAUUUAGAGCUCCAGUUGGUGGUGUGUUGUUUGCUUUGGAAGAGGUUACAUCUUGGUGGAGGAGUCAACUCAUGUGGCGUGUCUUCUUCACUUCUGCUGUUGUGGCUGUUGUGGUCCGAGCUGCAAUGGGGUGGUGUAAGAGUGGAAAAUGUGGACAUUUUGGGUCCGGUGGAUUCAUCAUAUGGGAUAUAUCAGAUGGCCAAGAGGAUUAUUCCUUUGCAGAGUUAUUUCCAAUGGCUAUUAUUGGGGUUAUUGGAGGUCUACUAGGAGCUUUAUUCAACCAGCUUACACUCUAUAUUACCACUUGGCGACGAAAUCAUCUUCACAAGAAGGGGAACAGGGUCAAGAUCAUUGAAGCAUGCCUUGUAUCCAUUUUAACGUCAUCCAUUUCAUUUGGCUUGCCACUUCUAAAAAAAUGUAGUCCUUGCCCUGAUUCUGAUCCUGCAUCCGGUAUUGAAUGUCCACGACCUCCUGGAAUGUAUGGGAAUUAUGUAAAUUUUUUCUGUAGCAAAGACAAGGAAUACAAUGAUCUUGCAACUAUUUUCUUCAAUACGCAGGAUGAUGCCAUAAGGAAUUUGUUCAGUGCAAAAACAAUAAAUGAGUACAGUUCCCAAAGUUUAUUGACCUUUUUGGUUAUGUUUUAUGCUUUAGCAGUGGUCACGUUUGGUACUGCUGUGCCAGCUGGUCAAUUUGUUCCUGGUAUAAUGAUAGGAUCGACGUAUGGGCGUCUUGUUGGCAUGUUUGUUGUUAAAUAUUACAGAAAGCUCAACAUUGAAGAGGGAACGUAUGCUUUGCUGGGAGCAGCAUCUUUUCUUGGAGGCUCAAUGCGGAUGACAGUGUCUCUGUGUGUCAUUAUGGUUGAAAUCUCAAAUAACUUAAAAUUUUUACCUCUGAUUAUGCUUGUUCUUCUUAUAUCAAAGGCUGUUGGUGAUGCUUUUAAUGAAGGUAUCUAUGAGGAGCAGGCUCAAUUGAGGGGCAUUCCAUUACUGGAAUCAAGGCCUAAAUAUGAAAUGCGGAAUAUGACAGCAAAGGAAGCCUGUGGGAGUGGAAGGGUGGUCUCUUUCCCCCGUGUUGUUAAGGUUUCAGAUGUGCUCUCCAUUCUGCGGAGCAACAAACACAAUGGUUUUCCAGUGAUUGAUCACACAAGAAGUGGAGAACCACUUGUUAUUGGAUUAGUGCUUCGUAGUCAUUUAUUGGUAAUUCUGCAGUCGAAGGUUGACUUCCAGCAUAGCCCUUUACCCUCAGAUUCCAGAGGUGGGGGCAGGUCAAUUAGGCAUGAUUCUAGUGAAUUUGCAAAGCCUGUCUCUAGUAAAGGAAUACGUAUUGAUGAUAUACAUCUAAGUUCAGAUGACUUGGAAAUGUACAUCGAUCUUGCUCCAUUUUUGAAUCCCUCGCCCUAUAUUGUACCAGAAGAUAUGUCUUUGACAAAGGUAUACAAUCUUUUCCGUCAACUUGGUCUACGGCAUUUAUUUGUUGUUCCUCGUCCAUCUCGUGUGCUUGGUUUGAUAACGAGAAAAGAUUUGUUGAUUGAGGACAAAGAAAAUGUGAAUACGUUAGAGCUUCAGUCAACUAGUGUAAGAAUAGGGCAUCAGAGUAAAAGAUUGACUACAAGGAAUGCCGAUGUGGAGCGCCCUUUGCUAAACGGACUGCUCCAGAAUCAGAUACCGGACUAA